AUGGGACAGAGGCGGGAUGGAGCUGCAACCAAUGAGAGCGCUAGAUACGGGAGGGCGAGGUUUGGGCUUGGUUGCUGGGGCGCCGGGGGUGGCGGGUGUUUGAAGAUGGCGGAUGUUGCUGGGGAAGGAGCCGCGGCGUAUUGGAGUCAGGACGAAGAUUCUGAUGAGGAGCAGCAGAUGGUCUACAUGCCAGGACUUUGUCGAGAAGGAAACUGCAGAGCGGCUCCUAAGACUAAGAGCUUGAAGGCUUCUUGUGCAAAGCCAGGGAACCAAAGUGCCAACCCUGCUGCCAGGAUGGAAAUAUUAUCAGAUUGGGGGCAAAAUCAAUAUGAGCAACAGGUAGUUCAGCCAGAAGCUGGGAUAAGAAGCGCGUCUUUGAAGGAUUUAUGCCCAGAAGACAAGAGAAGAAUUGCAAAUCUAAUCAAAGAGCUUGCGAGGGUGAGCGAGGAGAAGGAGGUGACGGAGGAGCGCCUGAAGACAGAGCACGAGUCAUUCGAGAAAAAGAUUCGACACUUGGAGGAGCAGAACAACCUCAUUGCUACAGAGAGGGAAGAACAACAGUAUCGGGAGUGCCAGGAGAUGCUGAGCUUGUACCAGAAGUACCUGUCGGAGCAGCAGGAGAAGCUGAACCUUUCGGUCACGGAGCUGAGCGGCGCCAGGAGCAGCCGCCCCCAGCAGGUGCCUAAAACCCCACGACUGCCUACAGCAAGUGAACUCAAUGGUUCCUACCUCUGCCAACAGAACCGCAAAGCCAGUAGUGAAAGCGGAAGCCUGUGCUCCAUCGUGCCCCACCCCAGAAGUGACCCCAUAUCUAGAAACGGUUGUCACUGCGCCCCCGAUGGGGUCCCUUCUGAAAAUUGCCUUCAGACUAAAUGCGCCGGUGCCCACUUACCCUCCAUGCAUUAUACAGACUUCCCUUGCAACCAUCACUGCAGCAGUGCCUUAAAGCAACCCGUCUCCCAUUGCUGCUUACACCCUACAGCUCCCGAUCUGUCACUGGUACGACAUCCUGAAGACUGCUCCUUCUCCAGAUGCUCGACCGUGUCCGGCACAACCAAUAGAGACCGAGCAAGACUGAGAGAGUCGACCGUUCGCAGGGGAAUAUCGGAGCAGAGGAAACAGGAGCUGCUGCUGCAGAAGUUGGAGGUGGAGAUAGAGAAGGAACGGCUGCAGAAACUCUUGGCACAGCAAGAGGUCAAACUCCUGGAGAAACAGCAGCAACUGCAGCAAGCCCGGCUAGAGGCAAACAGAACUCGCCCAAAUCCUGAAACUCAGGUCAGAGAGACGGAGGUCAUGUCCACACCUCUACCGGGAGCAGUCAAGUUAUUGAAUGGCUCGAGAUACAGCCCAGUUAUCCUGACCCCUCCAUCCAGUAAGAGUAGAAGAAAACCACAAAGUCCUGGCAAAAAUGUUUUAGAAGGAAGAACUUCCGGAUUAGAUGGUGAGGACCAGGAAGACUGUUCAGAUGUGCGGCCACGGUCCACUUUCAACAAAGGUUCUAGAAAAGAUGCUGCUACCUCUCCUAAAGUGAAGAGUCCCAAGAUGGAAACAAAAACUGCAGGGAUGUCAGCCAAGCACAGAGACCUCUACAGGUAUGAGACUUCUCUCAUCAACAUACUUGAAGCCAUCAGCCCCAUUUCUUCAGAGAGACGACAGCCACAGCACAGGGAGCUUUAUGACUUCAGUAUCCUCAGCCCAACCCCCCGCGGUAAUUCUAAGUCAUUCCAGCCACCAGUCAGGAGACAUGAUCCUCCCAGUGUGGAGCCAGAAGAGCGAGAGAUGCUGGAGGAGAUCUUCUUCAUCUGCUGAUGGGCAGCAGAGCAUAGAGCUAAAUCAGACUGUCUUCUGCAAUCGCUGCUGGGUAAACAUCUCGCCCGGGAUGCCAUGAAGUUCUCCAUAGAGGCCUCAGGCGUCCUGUAGACAUACAUGGAAAUUAAGAGGUUGUUUGGAUCCAUUUAUGAGGGUUUGUAUGAAGCAGCAGCAAGGAGCCACAAUCCCAGCGGUGCCUUAAAGCUCCUGAAACCCUCCCGUAAUGAUGAACUAGUAUGGAGUGGUUUUUUUUCUUUGUUUUUUUCCUUUUUAAAUAAUUUAUUGAGCAGAUUUGCGUGUGAACACAUAGAUACUUAUGGCAGUAUUUUCUACUAUGCUCAUUUAUGGUAUUAGACACAGAUGGGUAUUCUCCAAGCUGUAUCCUAAUGUCCAAUAACCCAGAAGUGUACACAUGGAAACUAAUCCAGAGCCUAAUGCCAUUAAUGCAAUCACCCUAUUUGCACUUUUUAUUAUUUUUUUUAAUCAUAGUUCUGUAAUUUUUCUGACUUUAUGAUAUUAAAGGGUGUAUAUUUACCAUUUAUAUCUAAGUAUAAGCUACAUACAAAAUUCUGCUUGCAAAUGCAUAAUAUUACUAACUUUUUACUGAUCCUGAGUUACAUCCUGUAUUAUACUCCAGAGCGAAACUCCAUAUUCUGCUGGUGGGUCACUGUGUACAUAUAUUACAUUACUUAUCCUGUACUGAUCCUGAGUUAUAUCCUUUCUUAUACUCCAGAGCUGUACUCACUAUUCUGCUGGUGGAGUCACUGUGUACAUUUCAUUACUUAUCUAGUACUGAUCCUGUUUCAUUCUGUAUCAUACCCCAGAGCUGUAUUCACUAUUCUGCUGGUGGAAUCACUGUGUACAUACAUUACAUUACUUAUCCUGUACUGAUCCUGAGUUAUAUCCUGUAUUAUACUACAGAGCUGUACUCACUAUUCUGCUGGUGGGGUCACUGUGUACAUACAUUACAUUACUUGUCCUGUACUGAUCCUGAGUUAUAUCCUGUAUUAUACUCCAGAGCUGUACUCACUAUUCUGCUGGUGGAGUCACUG